AUGGCGACGAGCGGCGGCGGAGCCGGGGCUGGGGCUGGUUCCGCUCCCGCUGCGAGCAGACCCGGCGGGCGGCGGGGACCGGGGCUGAUUUGGGCUGAAAACAAGAGGCUGAACAAGGCGACGGAUGCAGUGGAGAAAAGGGGACCGUACAUCGUGAGCAAGCCUCCCUCCAUUCAUGCCAAGCUCCAGAGGCAGCGCGAGCUGGCGAAGGCAGCGCUGCGAAGGCAGGGGCUGCUGGGGGGACCCGCGCCGCACCAGCCGAAGCCGGCGGCUAAAAGAUCGGUGAAGUUUAACAAGGGCUACACGGCGCUCAGCCAGACGGCGGAUGAAAACCUGGUCUCCCUCGAUUCGGACAGUGACGGGGAGCUGGGAUCCCGAUGUUCCUCAGGCUACUCCUCCGCCGAGCAGGUGAACCAGGACCUGAGCCGGCAGCUGCUGCAGGAUGGGUACCACCUCGACGAGGUCCCCGAUGACGAAGAUCUGGAUCUCAUCCCCCCGAAACCCAUCGCCUCCUCUUCUUGCCCCUGUUGUUUCGGAGAAAAUCUCUCCUGCGUGAUUCAGUAGACGCCGCUCGGCCGGGGCCGUGCAGGCACGGGUCAAAAGCCAGCACUUUCUUUGUCCCGUGGGAUGGCUGUUGGUGUCCGUGUCCCACGCCGGGACGGUGACACAAGGACUGAGCGAUGCUGCGAUGCCGCUCGUGGUGAGCAGCAGCAACCAACCAACCCCAAAGGACUUUUCCUUACACUCAGCAAUAUCAGGGAGAGGUGGCAUGGUGACAUUCAGGUGGCCUGGAUGGGACCUGUCGCCUGGCUGGGGUGGGGAAGGAGGAGAGGCAGAGCCCGGGCACCUCCAUGGGGGUGUAAAGGGAAGGAUUUGGGAGGUGCAGCAGCAAAUGCUCUUCGGUUUGCCUGACCUCCUCUUUUCCUCCUUUAAUUGGCCACGUCGAGGAUUAGGACCUGGCCCCGGACACGGUUUGCCCUUCCCAGCCCUCCGUAACGAAGAGGUGGUUGAUGGUGGGGUCGAACUGCCGUGGUGUGGGACCGGGCUGGGAAGCCCCGAGAUCCCUUUUCUAUUUAUUUUUGCUUUAGUCAGCCCUCUUCCCUGGCAGGCUGAGGCCAAGCGAGUGAGGCUGGGGUCAGCGCAGGCUGGCAGAGAGCUGCUUCAUUUACCUGUCUCAUGCUGCUUGCAAUUAAUUGCUGCUGGCUUCCCUCCUCCCAAAGCCUGGCCUGAUCUGAACCAAAGAUUGCAGCUCUGAUGGAGAAGAUAAGAUGGGGGGAACCCAGCGGAGCGGACUGGGGCAGGCUGCUGAGCUUUAAGCGUCUGCAUUUGUUAUAUCCACCAGCAGCUACCGCUCAGGCUGGGGCCUCCCCGCUUUCCACCCCUCGAGGGACCCGUUAAGUUCUGGGUUUGGAGCUAAGGGCUUGUGCCAGUUCUCCCCAAAGCUGCUUUGGCGCAGGCGAGGGGCAGCCCAGACCCCCCACGCCAGCUCUGCACAGCUCCUUUCGGGUGCGGAUUUGGGGUGGCUGGGGAGUCUACCUGCUGUGAACCUUAAAAGCUGCCUUAAAUCACGGUCCUGCUCUACUACAUAAAGGACAAUCAGCUUCUUAUAAAGAAACCUUAUUUAAAUCUUUCAUGUCUAGAGACCUGAACUGUUUUGGGUUUUUUUUUUUUUGUAUUUUACUUGUCAAAGGGAGCACUCAAUAAACUGGAUCUCAUUA